AAAAAAUUGAAAUUUUCUGUUAUGUAUGAAGAUGAGAUGUCCUUUUUUUGCAGAGAAGAACUACUUUCUGUCAGGGCCGCCCGACAAGUGUCUGCGAGACACAUUGCGAACUUGUCGGCGGCUGACAAGAAGGAACUACUUGCGCGGAAGCGGGUGAAGGAGCUGCAGCGGGUGCUCCUUCCGGAUGCGCCUCCGCGCAAGCGCCGCACUUUAAAUCCUUCUCCUGAACGGGAGCCACCACAAAUGGCGGCAUCAGCGGCGGCGAGCCAGCCCGCGCCGCCGGCACUACUGGUGCCAGGUGAGCACGAGUAUGCUAUGCCGUCUACAUCACGGCAGCCCACGCCACCGCCACUACUGGUGCCGGCUGAAGACAUAUAUGCUAUGCCGUCAACAUCACGGCAGCCCGCGCCGCCGGCACUACUGGUGCCAGGUGAGCACGAGUAUGCUAUGCCGUCUACAUCACGGCAGCCCACGCCACCGCCACUACUGGUGCCGGCUGAAGACAUAUAUGCUAUGCCGUCAACAUCACGGCAGCCCACGCCACCAACACUACUGGUGCCGGCUGAAGACAUGUAUGUUGGCAGUCCAGUGGAUAGCGUACAGUCCGACGUACCUAGUGUUGGAUAUGAAACUGUUGUCGCGAAUACUACGCCCACGCGUACACGCACGCGACACAGUUUAACGGAUGAUGCCAUCACGUCUUUUGUUAACGAUAGUGACUUUGACGACUCUGACUCUGACGAAGACAUACUUCGAAUUCCGACGACUGACAGACUAAUUGAGACUGGUAACCUGGCAGACCUGACGCCUCAGCAAGAGGCAUUUUUACUUGCUGAGGAUUCAGCGAACGACAGAGCUUGCCAAAACUAUUUACCUGACGACUGUUUCCAGUUUAACUGGAACAAGGACGUGACUACGUUUAAAGGUCGGCGCGAGGAAUUUUCUGGGAGUCCUGGCCCGACUUUUGACGUGACAGACAUGACUCCAAUUGACGUAUUUGGGAGGAUGUUCGACGUCGACUUCAUCGACCUUCUUUGCGAAGAAACAAAUAGGUAUGCUUGUCAGAGGAUAAGUAGAGGCACACAUUCUGCAAGUAGUCGUCAAAAUCGGUGGUCUCCCACAAACCGACCAGAAAUUAUUUCAUUCUUGGCUCUAAUGAUUCUUCAGGGGCUAUUCCCCCUUCCCAGAGAAGAAUCAUAUUUCUCUUUUAAUGGUUUCGGUACGAUGCCUUAUUUUUCCAGAAUUAUGAGUUACAACAGGUAUAACCUCUUAAAGGUUAAUCUACAUUUCGUAGACAACGACAAACUGACAGACGCACCGUCAAGAUCUAAAUUAUGUAAAAUCCAACCAGUGACUGACUAUUUUAACGACAAGUUUUCCAGCUUGUACUAUCCACGGCAAGAGAUAGCCAUUGAUGAGUCGUUGCUGAAGUGGCAUGGUAGACUGAGCUUUGCUCAGAAAAUCAACACCAAGGCGGCGCAAGUAGGCAUCAAAACCUAUGAGCUAUGCGAGUCAUCAACUGGUUAUCUUUGGCGGUUUAUAGUAUACGCUGGAAAGAACAAACCGACAACGACGAUGACAACGACGAUGACUGACAAUAAUGACGACGAUGACACUGACCAGACAGAACAAUCAAGCCAGAACGAACAGACAGAAGAGACAAGUAACAUGACUGACUUUACACCGACCAAUGCGACGGCCAAAAUAGUUUUUGACCUGAUGGAGCCUCUGCUUCAUCGAGGUCACACGCUAAUAAUGGACAAUUUCUACAAUUGUCCAUUGUUAGCGCGAUGCCUAAAGCUGCGACGAACUGACUGUUACGGGACUCAACGACUGAACCGGGAAUUUAUUCCCAGUUCUUUACGGACCAUGACAAAGACUGACUUGAGGCAAGGUGAAGUCGUCGCCAGUUACUGCAACGAUUUGUCGCUUAUGGUAUGGCGAGAUUCGAAUUUAGUUUCGAUGAUCUCGACGUACCAUAAGCUGGAAAUCGGAACUCGGACGAAGUACAAUCGAACUGCUUUUAAACCAAGCGUGGUUCUUGAUUACAACAAGAACAUGGGUGGUAUUGAUCGUAAAGAUCAGUAUUUAUCUGCUCAGCCCCUUGAAAGAGUCAGGAACCGCGUAUGGUACAAAAAGUUGUUUCGACGAUUUUUGAAUGCUGCUGUAUUUAACUGUUUUGUUAUAUACAGCAGCAAACAUAAAAUCUCUCAUCGUCAGUUCCGUACAGUGCUGGCGGAGUCUUUACUGAAGACAUACAGACAGAUUGACCUGACGACAGAGACACGACAUAUAACAAGGACAAGGACCACAGGCUCGACUACGACUGAAACACAACAAAACGUGGUGGCAAACCUCCGACAUCGGCCGACUGUGGAAAGUGACCACUUUCCCGUUCACGCCGAUCCACGCACACAUACACAACAGAAUCGGACUGUAGCUGCGGAACUAAACUCUGGGAGAUUGAAAAUACUAUCGCAAAACUCAAUCGCGUCUGCUACACUACUACUAAAAGUUAGAGACGCAAGCACUAUCGCUGUCCCGCAAACUGAGAGUGAGUGUCGUACGGCUGUUUUAUCUGUCGAUGGAGAUGAUCGUCCCCUAUCAAGUCUCGCUACAACAAGUGAGCUAACCCUGCAACAAGAAUUGGAAAAGGAGAUGGAAAAUUGCAAAGAGAAGAAAAAGGCAAUGCCUCCGAACGACGAAUUUGAUAUUUUAGGAUUUGUAAUGACUGAAAAAGCUAUAUACGACAACAGAGGUGAAAGAGGUGUUUCAAAAUCAACAAUUAUAAACAAUGAGUAG